UGCGCUGGGGUCGGGGGCCGCCGCGCGGCCGGUGGGGUGGUGAUGUUGCGGGGACAGGUCACCUCGGGGCCCAGGUGCCCGCGGCGGUCCCACGCCCGCGGCUGCCGCACUGGCCCGGGCGAGCGCGACGCGCCGGGCGAGGGACUCGUGCGCUGAGGGGCAGAGCGGGGCCUGGCUCGUCCCGCCGAUAUCCCUGCCGGGCAGCCCGGCUUUGGUCGCGUAGGGACCGUCCCACGCCUCGGGUGGGACGGGUGGCCGGUUCUUAUGGCGGCCCGAGGCGGCUGAGCUGCGUGACGAUGUUUGGCGCCAAAGGUGCCUUGAGAGGAGCUGCGGUGGGAGCGCAGCGCUUCCCUUCUCUGCAGUGUCCCUGUCCGGAGCCUGUAACUCGUGCUUUGGGCUCUUAAUAAAGCGUGUGAUCGGAGCCCAAACGGGAUAAAAUGUGUUAGUUUGGACUGCAGUUUUUCUCUCCUAGUAGUCCCAGAGUUGGUGGGACACUGGCUGAUAGCACGUCAGUGAAACCUCCUGUAGGAAGUCUUCUGUGUUUAGUGUUUCUAACUUAAAGCAGUUGCAUGCUGUUCUUGCAUGUUGCUAAGGCAUUUUAGAUAAGUGAUUGUAGUGCCUUUGGGCAUGUGGCAUAGCAGCCGUGCUGUAAUACAAUUUGAAAGCUGGGCAGAGCUGCAGAAGGUUGCAGUAUCAGAUGUCACUAGUAGAUUUGGGAAAGAAACUUUUAGAAGCUGCGCGAGCAGGUCAAGAUGAUGAAGUUCGCAUUUUGAUGGCAAAUGGAGCGCCUUUUACCACAGAUUGGUUGGGAACAUCUCCACUUCAUUUAGCAGCACAGUAUGGACACUACUCAACAACAGAAGUGUUGCUGCGAGCAGGUGUAAGUCGGGAUGCCAGAACCAAAGUGGACAGAACUCCAUUACAUAUGGCAGCAUCAGAAGGCCAUGCCAGCAUAGUAGAAGUCUUACUUAAGCAUGGUGCUGAUGUCAAUGCGAAGGACAUGCUCAAAAUGACUGCACUUCACUGGGCUACUGAACAUAACCACCAAGAAGUUGUAGAACUCUUAAUAAAGUACGGAGCAGAUGUUCAUGCUCAGAGUAAAUUUUGCAAAACGGCAUUAGAUAUUGCGGUAGACAAUGGAAAUGAAGACCUUGCAGAAAUAUUACAGAUUGCAAUGCAGAACCAAAUCAAUACAAAUCCAGAGAGUCCGGACACUGUGACGAUACAUGCAGCAACACCGCAGUUCAUCAUUGGACCUGGAGGGGUGGUGAACCUAACAGGUCUGGUAUCUUCUGCAAAUACAUCAGAGGGAACAGAUGAAACAGGAGUGUCUGCUGUACAGUUUGGAAAUUCAUCAACGUCAGUAUUAGCCACGUUGGCAGCUUUAGCAGAAGCAUCAGCUCCACUGUCUAAUUCUUCAGAAACACCAGUUGUGGCCACAGAAGAAGUUGUGACUGCAGAGUCUGUGGAUGGUGCUAUUCAGCAAGUUGUCAGUUCUGGAGGUCAGCAAGUUAUUACUAUAGUGACAGAUGGCAUUCAGCUUGGUAAUCUGCAUUCAAUUCCAACCAGUGGAAUAGGGCAACCAAUCAUUGUGACCAUGCCAGAUGGACAGCAAGUAUUAACAGUUCCAGCAACAGACAUUGCUGAAGAAACUGUGAUAAGCGAAGAACCGCCAGUGAAGAGACAGUGCAUUGAGAUUGUUGAAAAUCGUGUGGAGUCUACAGAAAUAGAAGAAAGAGAAACUCUUCAGAAACAGCUGGAUGAGGCAAACAGAGAAGCACAAAAAUAUCGUCAGCAGCUCCUAAAGAAAGAACAAGAAGCAGAGGCCUAUCGGCAGAAGUUAGAGGCAAUGACCCGCCUCCAGACUAAUAAAGAAGCUGUUUAAUAAAAGUGAACAUACUGCAAAGCCUGUUACUUUCCAAAACCUGCAGUACAAUCUUGAACUGUACACUAUAUAGGUACAGAUGCAGGAUUACAUGAUAGAGAAGAUGCUACAAGUUGAUAACUGGACUUAAGCCGUGAGCUCUCAUUAAUUUCUUGUAACAUAAAAACUCUGAAUUUAGAAAUUGUGAAAAGUAUUUAAAAUGAAAUACUGUAAAUAGUUGGUUUUUUUACAGUUUCAAAAUGAGUUGAUAAAUCUUUUUGAAGGGAUCCAGAAACACGAGAAGCCAAUGUUUUUGUGAAAUUUUUGAUUUUAGUAUGAAUCUAACUUCUGAAAAACAGAACAGUUUUAAGGGUGAUAUUGUUGAUUUAAGCCGACAACUUGAAAAUUAUGUGACAAAAUGAUUUAACAGUUAUUUCUACAUGGUAACAACUUAAACUUCUCUGAGUAAGACAUUUCCAAGUGGAAAUCUUUGUACAGCUUUAAGUAGUUGUCUCAGAUUCUCUGAAAACCAUUUUUGGUUUUGUUUUUUUUAUUUUAGGUGGUGAAAUUUUUAUAUUUAAUUUCAGAUAUAUCCAAGUAGAUUUACAUGUAUAUGAAGCUAAUAUUUUUUAAACUUUUCAGUUUGUACAUAUGCUGCAUGUUUUUAUAAUUUCUACACAUACAUCUUGCAUAGGUAUUUUUCAGCAAAGAUGAGGAAAAUUAUAAGGAAAAUUACGAGGAAAAUGUUUAGCUUAUAUGUCAUUGGAAGUAAGCAGCCAGUUUAAUUGUGGAUGGUAUAUUUGUUGGAAGAAUGUAAUUUGUAAUUAAAAACAAAAAAAAAAUCUUCAUUUACAUACGAGGUGUGAUUUAAAAUUUGGUAGUGGAGGCAGCGAAACUUCACUUUGUGUCUUACAAUUUUCAUGCACAAGCAUUUAAAAGUUCAGUAAUGCAUAGGAAAGAAUGUCUCCACUGGAACGCAAAUAGUAGUUCUUUUAGGAUAUUCCUAUUGAUCUCUUUUUCCCAAUAGCCUUGAAAUCAUUUCAGUGAUACCUUUUUUUCUAAAUGGACUUUUGCAUUUUAAUUAUGCAAUUGGACAAGUAAUUUUUUUAUGUUGUGAUGCUCCUCUUACCCAGCAUCAUUGUUCUUCACUGUGAUACUGUGUUUCUGUGUGUCUGUGCAGUGAUCUAUUAUGGUUAGGAUUUAUAUAGCACAUUACAUCUUCAGAGCGUUGUAAAAUCUUUUAAAGAGCCCUUACUGUACUGCCUGAGGCAGGUAAGUGAGUGUUACUGUCUCAAUUUUAUAACUGAUACAAGUGCAACACAGGGAGUGUUAAAUGACUGCCCCAAGACCACAUGGAUCUGUGGCAAACCUGGGAAUAGAUCUCAGGAGUUCCUGGCUUCUAGUCCUGUGCUUAGACUGAGCUGCCUUAAGAUUGUUCAGUGCUGUUGUACAUUAAAUUUUGAACUACUGUGCAGAUUCCUUUUUUUGUAAGAUAAAACUCUUCGUGCUUUGCUUUGUUGUUCCAUGUUUCACUGCUUUUAUGGAAUUGUUUAUAUAAACUUAAGCAAAAAGUCUAGUUUACCUAUACUGUACACAGAAAAAUUACCCUUAAAACUGUACUCUGGCCUACUUUUUCUAUUUUACAAUUAAAUAUCUUUUCCACAUA